AGCCAUUUAAACAAAUGCACUUAAUAUUAGUGCACAUCUAAUCUUCUCUGUUAAUAGACUAAUAACAAUGUCAAGGUGCUCAUAGAGGUAUCAUAUAAACACAGAUCUUUCUCAUGUUUUCAUCUUAAUUUAUUUGGCCUCAUAAUUAAUUUGUGAAGAUGGCACUCGAGUUGAAUAAAAAGAAACAUCUGGUGCUGUGUGUGAUGCUCAUAUUGUUGAAUCAUCAUGUAAAUGGGGCUAGAGCUGUUGGUGACUCUAAAGACGCUCAACAGGGGUCUAAAGCUGCUGAGCCUCCGACUCCCGGAACGUCUGGAUCCAUAGCUUCGGCUCCUGCUGCUCCUGCUCUUCCGAAUCAAAUUCCUCCUGCUGCGUCUACUGCUGCUCCUGCUCUUCCGAAUCAAAUUCCUAAUGUCGGUGCGGGUCAAAUUCCUGGGGAUUUAGCCGGUCUUUUGAAUAACGGGUCUCAAAUUCCUAAUAACGGAAAUUUAAGUAGUCUUUUAAAUAAUGGGAAUUUAAGUAGUCUUUUAAAUAAUACUCAAAAUCCUGGUGCUGGAAAUUUAGCUGCUCUUUUAAAUAACGGGACUCAAAAUCCUGGUGCCGGAAAUUUAGCUGCUCUUUUAAACAACGGGACUCAAAAUCCUGGUGCCGGAAAUUUAGCUGCUCUUUUAAACAACGGGACUCAAAAUCCUGGUGCCGGAAAUUUAGCUGCUCUUUUAAACAACGGGACUCAAAAUCCUGGUGCCGGAAAUUUAGCUGCUCUUUUAAACAACGGGGCUCAAAAUCCUGGUGCCGGAAAUUUAGGUGCUCUUUUAAAUAACGGGGCUCAAAAUCCUGCUAUGAUGGCUUUAGUUGGUAGUCUUUUCAAACCUGUGAAUGAAACUUCUUUGAAUCAAGAAACUCCAAAUCCUAAUGUUGACAAAAUAAUUAAUGGUAUGAUGGCUAAUAAGCCUAAACCUACCGGGCCGUUCAAGUUAAUUAAGAUUCCUGGGGUUAAACCUGAUGCAAAGCCUCAAGUACCUUGUUAUUUUGUAUUCGGUGACUCAUUGGUUGAUGCUGGGAAUAACAAUAUAUUAAAGACUUUGGCAAGGGCUGAUUAUGCACCUUAUGGGCUUGAUUUCAAGCCUCAACCAGGACCAACCGGGAGGUUUAGCAACGGGAAAACCCCUGUGGAUGUGAUGUCUGAGCUUUUGGGUUUCGACCAUUACCUGCCACCUUCGGAACUAACAAAUGGAACAGACAUGCUUCAAGGACUCAAUUUUGCUUCUGCAGCUGCUGGAAUUCGCGAAGAGACAGCCCAACAUUUGGGGGAUAAACAGACAUUGAGGGAGCAGAUGGAGAGUUUCAAGUCGAAAAUAAAAGAAAUGGAACCUUUGCUUGGUGGUCCAAAAAAUACAACAGAUUAUCUCGGAAAAUGCCUGUUUCAAUUCGGAUUUGGCAGCAAUGAUUAUCUUAAUAAUUACUUUAUUCCUAAUCUUUAUCCGACCAGCAAACUAUUAACUCCUGAGCAAUAUGCUGAUGAUCUUAUAAGCAAGUAUUCAGUCCAACUUAAGACCGCAUACGAUCUGGGAGCAAGAAAGUUCGCGCUGACAGGAGUAAGCCAGGUCGGGUGCAGCCCAAAUUCCAUGGCACAAAAUAGCCAGGAUGGAACUUGUGUCAAGAAAUUCAACGAUGCAAAUGCAAUAUACAAUGACAGGCUUAAAAAGCUUGUUGAUACUCUCAACAAGGAUCAUCCUGAUGCAAAAUUUACUUACACCAAUGCUUUCGGGCUUUUCCAGGAAAUUAAGGAUAACGCUGCCACUUUCGGGUUCAAGGAUACGACAGACGGGUGCUGCGGUGUAGGGAAAAACCAUGGUCUUUUUACAUGUCUCCCUGGAAUUGCUUCAUGCCCGAAUAGAAAUGAGUUCCUAUUUUGGGAUGCAUAUCAUCCAACUGAAGCUACAAAUAUCAUUGGAUCCAAGAGAUCAUAUAUGAAAGAGAAACCAGAUGAUGUAUACCCUCAUGAUAUUCACACUUUGAUUACACUCUAAACGAGACCACCGAUGAACACUCCAUAAUUGACCAUUACAUUGAACUUACUAGGGUUUUGUUUUCUUCUUCUUUGUUAUUACACGUUUUUGUAUAUUUCUGUAGAAAUCUGUAAAUUUAUCUGACAAUGGCUCCAUAGGCUGUUUUAGCCGAAUCAUCGGACUUGCUCAAAGGCAUAUAUAAGGUGGAAACAUUGUUGUCAGCUUCAAAGGGCAAAUUAUUCAGAAAAAUAACUUGUAAAUAUCUGGAAGGAAAAUUAGCAUGCACUCGAACUUG